UAAAAUAUUUCAAAAGGCAAUAUAUGAACAUCGCGUGUUUUCUGAUUGAUUGGGAAAUUUUAGAUGGAAUUAGGAAUGCUUGUAUCUGCAAUUGAAUUGGUGGUUUUGAUAUGCCCAUUUCUGAAUUGCUGAAGUGCAGAUGCUUUUGAAAUAUGAAACUAGUUCUGUCUAGGCUGAUGAUUUCAAAUAUAAUUUGCGAGCUCUGACCAAUCCGAUUGAUUACAAAUUUGAGAUGGAAUAAGGAAUGCUUGUAUUUGCAAUUGAAUUGGUGAUUUCGAUAUGUCUAUUUUUUGAAUUGCUGAAGUGCAGGCGCUCGCUGCUUUUGCCAUUCGAAACUAGUUUUGUAUAGGCUGAUAAUUUCAAAUUUAAUUUGCGAGCUCUGAUCAAUGUAGCUUCCUGGUUUUGUUUUGGUGCAUGUUUUCCGAUUGAUUUCAAAUUUGAGAUGGAAACAGGAAUGCUUGUAUUUGAAUGUUUUGGCUGUACGAGUCUUAUCUGAUUUCGUUGCCUAUUCUUUCCCUACACUCCAUGACAUCAGUUUAGAAUGUAGGUGCUUCUGUUUGCCUGUUGUUCUCAGACUACCUCCUCUUUUUAUUUUUAGUUUAACUAAUUGUUAAUGGCAAUUGACGCAUUGUGAGUGUAGACUGGAGAUAACGAGCUGAAGAAACUUAAAGCUGCUCAAAAAGCAGCUGCGGCGAAGCUUCAGGCACAACAACCUGCUGCUGCUUCCAAGUCAGAGAUGAAGAAAAAUGCAAAAAAGAAGCACAGAAGGUAAAUCCCCUGGAAGUUGAUCCAGAGACACCUCUUGGCGAAAAGAAAAAGCUCGCUACCGAAAUGGCACAAAAUUACAACCCCAACACCGUAGAAAAAUCGUGGUAUGAAUGGUGGGAGAAGUCAAACUUCUUUCAGGCAGACCCCAAAAGCUCCAAACCACCUUUUGUCAUCGCAAGUUUCUGCACAUCCUUAUAUCACCGGGUUUUAGCAUGUUGGGUGGUGCUCCCACCUCCUAACGUUACUGAGGCCCUUCACAUCGGCCACGCCCUUACUACUGCUAUUGAGGACACUAUUAUUCGCUGGAAGAGGAUGUCUGGUUACAAUACGUUAUGGGUGCCGGGUAUGGAUCAUGCUGGAAUAGCUACUCAGGUUGUUGUGGAAAAGAAAAUUAUGAGGGAACAGAAAUUGACAAGGCAUCAAGUUGGUCGUGACAGAUUUGUGGAUGAAGUCUGGAAAUGGAAGAAUGAGUAUGGAGGCACAAUUUUAAAGCAACUCCGGCGCUUGGGUGCAUCUCUUGAUUGGUCACGUGAGUGCUUUACCAUGGAUGAGAAGAGAUCAAGGGCUGUGACUGAGGCUUUUGUAAGACUUCACAAGCAAGGUCUUAUAUAUAGGGAUAUUCGUCUGGUGAAUUGGGACUGCGUCUUGAGAACAGCAAUAUCCGAUAUUGAGGGGAUUUGGGUGAGAUCGUUGUUGCAACGACUCGAGUGGAAACAAUGCUCGGUGAUACUGCAAUUGCUAUACACCCAGAUGAUCCCAGAUACAAGCAUCUUCAUAGGAAAUUUGCUAUUCAUCUCAGCCACAAUCUCAUUUUGUGUACACUUAAACUUAUCCUUUUUAGCCGCCUCGCUAUUUCUAUCUGAAAUGACAAAUCUGUCUGUUUAAUUCUUUGGUUCAUAAAGCCAUCGCCCUUUGGAAAGCCGAACGUAAGAUGCACAUCAUCCUCUUUGACCCGAAGAAAUUCAUCUUCUGAAAAUUGUAACCUAAGCCGCUCCCUUUUGUAUACAGAAAGUAUCCAAAGGGCCAUUUCUCCAGGUAUCUCGGGUAUUUUGUAGUCUAAAAUACCUCCAAACCCGAUCUCAUGGAGAGCUUCAACCUGUCAGGGAUUUAGCUUUGGUACAUGUCCACGAAUUCCUUUGAUGUUCUCUGGAAAUACAGUAUAUCAUCCCUCUUUUUUGGUUUUACGCUGUCCCCUGCAUCGUCUUCCUCAAUCUUCGCUUCCUCUUCCAUUUCCUUUCGGUAUUGUCUAGCUGAUGUUAUGGGAAUAAAAUCUUCCCAAGAAUCAUCAGUAGCAUCACCUACCUCUUGGACCCUGCAUAAUGUAACAACACCAACUGCAUGAUGUAUAUACACAGCAAACUGAAGACACAUUUGUUUACAUUACUGUAUUUGUUAUCAUACA